AUGGAGGCUAACGUGUUCAGGUUCCGCGAUGCCCCUGCCGCCCCGGACCCCGUGCUGGAGACCGGGCCGGUGGUCUUUGGCUCGCAGCCGGUGCCGCUGGUGCUGGACAAUGGGUCGUUCCAGGCCCGCGCCGGCUGGGCGUGUCCCGGGCCGGACCCUGGCCCCGAGCCGCGCCUGCAGUUCCGUGCGGUGUGUGCCCGCGGCCGGGGCGGGGCCCGGGGCGCCGCGGGUCCGCAGGUGGGCAACGCGCUGGGCAGCCUGGAGCCGCUGCGCUGGAUGCUGCGCUCGCCCUUCGACCGCAACGUGCCGGUCAACCUGGAGCUGCAGGAGCUGCUGCUGGACUACAGCUUCCAGCACCUCGGGGUGUCCUCGCAGGGCUGUGUUGAUCAUCCCAUAGUUUUGACAGAAGCUGUGUGCAACCCACUCUAUUCUCGCCAAAUGAUGUCCGAGCUCCUUUUCGAAUGCUAUCGGAUCCCAAAGGUGGCCUAUGGGAUAGACAGCCUCUUCAGCUUCUACCACAACAUGCCAAAGAACUCACUGUCCAGCGGCCUCAUCAUUUCGUCUGGAUACCAGUGUACACAUAUCUUACCCAUCUUAGAAGGAAGACUGGAUGCCAGAAACUGCAAGCGCAUCAACCUCGGAGGAAGCCAGGCGGCCGGCUACCUGCAGCGGCUGCUGCAGCUAAAGUACCCGGGACACCUGGCAGCCGUCACACUCAGCCGCACGGAGGAGAUCCUGCGGGAGCACAGCUACAUCGCCGAGGACUACAGCGCAGAAUUGCAGAAGUGGCGGUGUCCUGACUACUAUGAGAACAGCGUCCACAAGAUGCAGCUCCCGUUCUCCAGCAGGCUCUUGGGCAGCACCCUGACGGCCGAGGGGAAGCAGGGCCGGCGGCAGCAGCAGCUCCGGCGGCUGCAGGAGCUCAAUGCCCGGCGGCGGGAGGAGAAGCUGCAGCUGGAUCAGGAGCGGCUGGACCGACUGCUCUGCGUGCAGGAGCUCCUAGAGGACGGCCACAUGGAUCAGUUUCACAAAGCGCUGAUGGAGCUGAACAUGGACUCCCCAGAAGAGCUGCAGUCCUACAUACAGAAGCUCAGCUCAGCAGUGGAGCAAGCUAAGCAGAAAAUCCUGCAGGCUGAGGCCAGCCUUGAGGUGGACGUGGUGGACAGCAAGCCAGAGACACCUGACCUGGAGCAGCUGGAGCCAUCGCUGGAGGAGGUGGAGAGCAUGAAUGAUUUUGAGCCCCUGUUCUCGGAGGAAGCACCGGAAGUAGAGAAGCCUGUCACCACCGUCCAGCCCGUGUUUAACUUGGCAGCGUAUCAUCAGCUGUUUGUUGGGACAGAGAGAAUUCGAGCACCAGAGAUUAUUUUCCAGCCGUCUCUCAUAGGAGAAGAGCAGGCAGGGCUUGCCGAGACGCUUCAGUACGUGCUGGACAGGUACCCAAAGGAUGUUCAGGAGACAUUGGUCCAGAAUGUUUUCCUCACUGGUGGGAAUGUGAUGUACCCAGGGAUGAAAGCCAGGGUUGAGAAGGAGCUGCUGGAGAUGAGGCCCUUUCAGUCUUCCUUCCAGGUUCAGCUUGCCUCGAACCCUGUGCUGGACGCCUGGUACGGUGCCCGGGACUGGGCCUUGGACCACCUAGAAGACAGUGGAGCCUGGGUCACCAGGAAGGACUACGAGGAAAAAGGAGGCGAGUACCUCAAGGAGCACUGUGCCUCCAACAUCUAUGUCCCCAUUCGCCUACCCAAGCAGGCCUCGCGUGCCUCUGAGGCCCAGGCACCCAGCAGAGGCUUGGGAGCCAGUGGAAGUGGCACCGGCGAGCAGACCUAGUAGAGCGAUGACCCGGCGUGGGACAAGCUGCCCAAGUCCACCAGCCACGUUUGGCUGCAGACUGGAAUUCCCCUGGGAAGAACAGGUGACGGGGUGGCGGAGUUCCUCCUUGGCUACAUUCAUCUGGGGGCUGCUGCAUGAGGGCCCGAGCAGCCUUUGGCAUUUGGGGAGCUGUGAUAAGAUGUGGCAGCCAUGUCCUGAGUAGUGAAGGACGACAGGUGGACACAUGGCCCAGACAUUCCUCUUUGCACUUGUUGUUUGGUUUAAAAACCUUCCCAUUUACAUUUGUCAAUGUAAAUAUUAUGCAUUUAUUGUGAAGUUAUGUGAAGGCCCUUCAUGGAGGUCAGGCGUGUGUGUAUGAAGGCACUUGUUCAGGUUGUAAAAUCAGUCACCACAACCUUAGUGGUGGAACUACUCCCCUCCCCACUCCCCUUACAAGCAAGAAGACAAGGCCCGGAGGUCCUCACCGGGAGCAGUCGUUCUGCUGGCCAGGGACCUGCUUGGUUCCCUGUUCUGAAUGGACAGCCCUUCCUGGGGCUCAUGGCCCAACCCGAGUAGCUGCUUUCUUUUCUGGAAACUCCCACUCUAUGCAGCCUUUCUAGAAAAAGAAGAAGGCGGCUCGCCCUCUGACUGUUGGUUCCAUGUGCUGUGCUGUUGAUGUUCUGCACGGCCUCCCCUGGGUGGGUGGACACCCUCCCUCUCCUUUCUGCUGUCGGAGACAGGAUCUUGUUAAACAGCCCAUACUGGCCUUAAACUCUUAA